GCUUACAAAAACCUGCCUCUGAGCAUCCAAGCUAGGGACGAAGCCUUCCUCUCGCUCUUCAAUCCGCGGGCAAACAAGGCAGAGCUGUUCUCUCAAAAGGUAUUGCCCUUCGGGGCGAGAUCGUCCGUACAUGGUUUCAUUCGCAUUUCCUUCGGGAUGUGGAGGGUCGGACUCACUCUACUACUCCUCCAUUGGAGCAUCUUCGUGGACGACUACAUAGGUGCUGAAGUCCCCCCGCUUGCCAAGGUGUUUGAACUGUGCGUGGAGACUCUGUUCCGCAUCUUAGGUUGGGAAACCUCUGCAGACAAAGAUCAGCCUUUUAUCCGGAACACCAGCAAAAGGAAACAAGAACUCAUCGACUUGAUCUCUGACAUCCUGUCCCGCGGGCUCCUAACCUCCAAGGAGUGCCAACGCCUGAGGGGCAGGAUUCAGUUUGCGUCAAAUCAAGUGGCCGGGAAGCGUGCCGGCCUCGCUUACAAGGCGCUGUCCAGACACCUUGUGAGCGGCGACCCCAGGGUCGGAGUCCUGCGUGACAAUUUCCUCGAGGGCCCGCCUCGAACCCUGUGUUCCAACAUGCUGCACCUUUGGCACAUGUGCGUUGAUGCCUCACAUGACGGCGAUAGGGUAGGGCUAGGAGGGGUACUAAUUUCUGGAUCGGGGUGCAAGGUUGCGUGCUUCAGCGUGUGGGCAUGCGACGAGCUCAGAUCUUUGAUUAGUCCCGGUAGUGGGAACCCUAUCUUUGAAUAUGAGUGCUUGGCCAUCCUACUGGGCCUAUGCACGUGGUCGGGCCUCAUUCGGGGCCGCAACGUGGUCGUGUUCUCCAACAAUCAGGGGACGCUUGGAGCCAUGAUAUCGGGAUCGUCGGACAAUGAGUGUGGGGCACUCAUCGUCAACCGCACACAUGACCUUCUUGAUACCAUGUGCGUGAACGCAUGGUUCGAAAGAGUCAACACUGCCUCUAACAUCGCGGAUCCGCCAUCUCGUGGCGCCGAUCUGGAGGGCCUAGGGAAACGUUUUGAAGUCGAUGCCCUUCGCGUUGCUAAGGAAGCGCUCAGCUCGUGGGACUAG